AUGCAAGACGCGAUGCAGAGACGACCCGAAGGGCUGAUGAGUGCCCUCCUUCACCAUAGCGCUGACUUGCAGUCCCCAGCCGUAUCGCAAGCAAAUGCCUUUGCCGCCUCAUUUCCGCAGACCCCGUCAAACCAAACCUCGCGAGCUCCCUCACCGUUGCAACAGGGAUCUCAAUUGAGGCCAGAAGCCGCCCAUGAACUGGACGAAAAUCUAGCCCAGUCCCUAGCUUAUGUAUCGGGGAACAUUCUAGGCGACAUUGGAGAUCCCGAUCCCCUAACAUAUCGCCCAUCCCAGAUGCUGGGCCAUCCCUCGUUUUCCGACUCGAUGAUCUUCUCCGCUCUUCCGCCGACGAGCUCGAUGCAAUUCCCCGACCAGAGUUUCCGUGGGCAGAGUGCCGCACCAGCUGGUGAUAGUAUCACUCAAGCUCGGGAGGACAAUAUCAACACAUCACCAUCGGUGUCUUUUAAGCACGCAAAGAUAAGCCAUGGUGAUUCUCCCGGUGUCCCCAAAUCUCAGCGCUACGCUUGUCCCUACAACAAAUGGGAUCCAGAAGGAUGUCCUCUUUGUUGUAUGCCGAGUAAUAAGAAUCCGGGAGGAGGGGCAGAAACCUUCUCAAGAGUCAAAUCGCACAUUCUCCGUAAUCACGAUGAAUCGGUUCGUUGUCGGCGGUGCUGGUCCUCGUUUGUAGGCAAGCCCGAAGCAUUAAAAGAGCACGCCAAAUCCGGCGAUUGCAUCUAUAAAGCCCGUCCGAAAGGAUAUUGGAUGAAUGAGUAUCAGACGAACUAUGUCCGUGGCCAACGCUUCGAGGGAGGGGGCGAGGAGAAAUGGUAUCAUCUGUUUACGGUUCUCCUACCGCACGUAAAGAUCUGCGAUGAUCAAGGGAACCAUUUAAUAAGCCCUUAUUAUACACCAUUGUCCGAACGAGGUAGCGAGCAGGCCGUCUUAGCCGCCUUACAAGCAGAUAGCAAGCAGUCUGACUUUCAACCCUCGACAUGGCCAUCUGCAGGGCAAACUUCCACAAUGGGUUCUCUUUGUGUCCAGUAUGAAAAUGCAUCGCUGCGAUCCUCGUCCUGUGCUUCUCCAAUAGUGCUCGAGGAUGUUUUCUCUGCAAAUGCCAGCUUCCCUUCUCUGGAAUCAUCCACACAUAACGGUCCCAGUAUGGUAUUGAGUCCCGAUCCCGGACCUAUGCCGUCUUUUCUUUCGACCUCUGCCCCUCGACCGAUACCGAUCCGGGGCUCUCAUCGAAUCGAUGGUGGCCUAGACGAGGCCUUUGACUCCUUCAACACCAUCAAAGCACCCGCCUCUAUGCCACACCUCCAUUCAAAGCGAUUUUCCAACAACUUCCUAAGCUAUGAUAAUGAGAGGUUGCGUCGUGAUAAUCGGCAGCUGCGCCAAGAGAGAAAUGAUCUCCAGAGGCGAAUCGAUGCUGUGCGCGCAAACAUUGAUCCGCUAAACCAGAUGAUCGAAGCUGCGCUUUAUCAAAAUGGGAUUCCCUUAGAGGUUUCGACGAAAUUGUUUGCUGCAACAGAAACGUUGAAUAAUCUUAGACAGGCUCUGGGUUGA